AUGGCUCCUGCCGUUCACGGAACCACCAGUCGAGUCAGCAAACGGCAGUCAGGACUGCGAAGCUACGCAAAGAUCUCCAAAAGCACCACUGCGCGGCUCAAUGUUGAGGCAGUUUUGAAAGAAGCAGCAGUCCGCCCCGUCGUCGACCUCCCUACACCAGCCAAAACAGCGCUAAAGCGUCCACACAGCCAGGUGCAGGAUGGCAACGAGGUUGGGCCGGAGAGGGGCAGUAGCAGCACUGCAGCCUCAAAAAAGCCAAAACUUCAAUGGCCUACAGCACCAUCGUCCCAAUCGAAACGGGGUGGCUCGAUCGACGUUAGACUUUCCCCUCCACUCGAACUUCAUCAACUCUCGCUUGACAGCAAGACUUCAGCACCAUCAGCCUCUUCUCAAGAACUUCCCAAGGUCCUCCAAGACCUGGUUUCUCUACACGGCGUAUUCCUCAGGGCGUUCUCGUUACACGUUGUCCACAAUGGCAGCUCUGCCCCCGCAGACUUGAAUAUCUUGAUGGCCUCGGUGACGAGACUAUGGAAGGAAUAUACGGUCCAGAAAGAAGACAUCCAAAGAAUGCUGGCCAUGUAUGAGCUUGAUAACACCAUUGAGGUCGUGGCUGGUCAGGUCUUGACACACCAGAAUAGCCCCUUCAAAUUGACAAUAGCUGGAGGUGAUGCUGUCCGCUACAGUGUGGAGUAUGUGGGUAGUGGUGGCACCAGCAAACUAUUGGGCUCGCCGCUUGAUGAGUCCAGACUGCAAGAAUCCUACGAGCUGCAUGUCGACGCAGUAUUCACAUCUCAACGCGACAAACCUAGUGGUUGGCUCUACGGCGAGAAUAGCCGGUUUCCUCGCUUGGCAUUCACUAUGGGCAUUCAAACACAAGCUCGCAAGGGGAAGGCAGCUGCGGCACGAAGGGAGAUUCUUGGUCUCUCGGCGGAUGCGCAGAACCGGCCAAGGUCGCAGUUCUCGAGUGCACCGGAUCCUCUGCAGAAGGAAGAGAUGCAUACCCCCGAGGUUGUAAAAGAUCGAACUUUGUCCCUCUUGGAACGUGUCCGAGCCAAGGCACUCGCCGGUUCGACGUCCACUCAGCUUACUCCCGAAUCCAUUGUUCGUCGGUAUGCUCUUGGCCGAAUUCAAGAGGUGGUCGAGAUCCUGCGAAUGCUGCAACAGCGAAAGUUGGCUUCCAGGUUCAACUCUUCCGUGCAUUCCAGCCCAGGAAAGGUCCGGGGUACGGUCUCGUUGAGUCUGAAUCAACUUGUCAAGGACAUCAGAAGCAGCCUCGCUGUGCCGCUUGGAGAAGCAGAAAUCAGAAUGUGUAUCACUAUCCUGGCCAAUGAUGUUCCGGGUAGGUGGUUGUCUGUCUAUACGAUGGGAACGGUUCAGAGCGUUGUACUGAACGGGCCGGGAUUGAGUGGUGUUGAAGUCAAGAAAAUCCUCAAUGGAUGUUAG